GUGUGAGCAUCAAAAGAACGGUUUAUUCGUGCCUCGUGGAGGAAUUGUCAUAUCAUGCAUUGCGAAGUCAAAUCGCGCAUCGGAAAAUUGGCCAAACAUUUCGAGUAGUGCACCACAACUCUUGCGAGACAAAAAUUUGACGUAGAUAAUUACGGUCACAUACACUCUUCAUCGAGCGCCGCAUCCAGUCAAGCGCUGGGUACAAAUGAGCAUCCCACUUUUCAAAUACUAGUAUAUUUCGCGCCAAAACACGCUUGCGACGACGAAAAAUAAUAAUAAAAUCGGGAAUCGGGCGGAGAAGCGCGUGGGCGUGAAAUUUAACACUUGAAUACUUCACUUGAGUAUGUUAAUUACGAAGUAAAGGGCGAAUAUUUACUGGACGCGGUUACUAAAGCUAAAAAGACAUGAAUGUGUUUCUUCGAUUGGCAGGAAUUACCGCAAUGGUCGCAAUAAGUUAUAGCUUGUUGAGAAAGUUUAUUGCCGGUGGAGUCUGCACAAGCACAGCAAGAAUGAGUGGCAGGGUAGUGCUUAUAACAGGAGCGAAUUCUGGAAUUGGUAAAGCUACUGCAGUUGAUUUAACUAGACGUGGUGCAAGAGUUAUCAUGGCGUGUCGGGAUCUUAAGCGAGGAGAAGCUGCCUUGAACUCCAUUGUAGAGGAAACUGGCAGUUCAAAUGUCAUCUUGAAACAUCUAAACCUUGCCUCGAUGAAAUCCAUUCGUGCAUUUGCGAAAGAAAUCAAUACAAACGAGCCUGAGCUUCACGUAUUGAUAAACAAUGCCGGAGUGAUAGGUUUACCCAAACGGGAGGAAACCGAAGAUGGGCUUGAAUUAACUAUGGCAGUGAAUCAUUUCGGACACUUUUUGUUGACGAACUUGCUUCUUGAUCUGUUAAAGAAAUCAGCCCCAUCACGCAUUGUUGUCGUAUCCUCGAUUGCACAUCAUAACUUUUUGGAAACGCUCUCGCCUUUCAGAUUCGAUAAUAUGCACAGCGAAAAAAAUUACCGUAAUUUGGAAGCUUAUGGUCAAAGCAAGCUGGCGAAUAUCUUGUUUACGAGAGAGCUAGCGAGGCGCAUAAAUGGUAGCGGUGUAACAGCGAACUCGCUCCAUCCCGGCAUAUCUUCCACAGGACUUGCUAAUCCGAGUCGCCUAUAUGGACUGCCAGAGAAUUUGGGAAAUUUGAUGAGGAGAGUAUUAUCUAUAUUUUUUAAGACACCUGAACAAGGGGCACAGACCAGCAUACAUUUGGCUGUGUCUGAAGAGGUCGAGGGCAUCUCUGGGAGGUAUUUUAUCGAUUGUGAAGAGAGAGAGCCAGCGAAAACAGGCCAAGAUGAUGUAGCAGCAAAAAAAUUGUGGGAGAUAAGUGCCGAAAUUGUAGGAAUGCAGGAUUUAAUAGCAGAGCCGGAGGGAAAAUAAAUUUGGCAUGCACGCUCAGGAGCCUGAUUGCUGUUCCAUAUGAUUUAUUUACAUAAUUUUUUGUGUGAAUUUGGAUGAGAAUCGGAACUAAUUUCCACAUAAUAGGAGACAGAAACCUCGUUAAAUGGCGAUGACGCCAUUAAUUGAUGAUGACGCUAUUAAUUAAUAAUUCUCUCAACAAUGUAGGAUAUUUUAAAAAUUCAGCGAAAUGCAAAGAAUCGGUCGUCUGAGAGAAAAGGUGUGAGUAACUUUAGCCUCAGGAGUUCCAUCUUUAGCCUCAGGAGUUCCAUCUUAGAUUUCCUCUUUAGCAAGGCAAUUCAUAUCUUUUUUCAUAAAUAUUUUUUGCACUGAUAGAAGUCAUGAAGUUUUCUAAAGUUUUAAAACGAACAGUAGUUC